AUGGGGGCUGAAAACAUGACCUCUGCCACAGAGUUCAUCUUGGAGGGAUUGUCCAACCACCGCAAGACACAGCUUCUGCUCUUUGUGGUCAUCCUUCUCACUUAUUUACUUACUAUAGUAGGGAAUGCAAUAGUCAUCAUGCUAGUUUGGUCUGACUCUCGCCUCCACACACCCAUGUACUUCUUCCUCAUGAACCUAUCAACCAUAGAGAUCUGCUAUGCCACCAGCACGGAGCCACAGAUGCUGGCUCACCUCCUGGCAGGAAAUGGAAUCAUAUCCUUCACUGGCUGUGCCCUCCAAGUGUUCGUUGUAUUGAUUAUGGGUACUGCCGAAUGCUUUCUGCUGGGCGUCAUGGCCUAUGACCGGUACUUGGCCAUUUUCCAUCCCCUGAUGUAUGCCGUCGCCAUGAGCAAGGAUCGCCAAUGGCAGCUCGCCUCUGCUUGUUGGACAGUGGGCACCCUUUUUAGCAUGAUAUACGUAUACGUUACUUUUCGUCACUCUUACUGUGGCUCUAACCACAUCAACCACUUCAUAUGUGAGAUGCCAGUGGUGCUGAAACUGGCAUGUGAUGACACCCGCAUCACACAGGCCAUUGUUUUUGCGAUGGCAGCUGUGGUCCUUGUGAUUCCUGUUUUUGUUAUCCUGACUUCCUAUGGGCUCAUACUGUUUUCUGUGUUAAAGAUGCGGUCAACCUCCAGUCAGCGCAAAGCCUUCUCCACAUGCGCCUCCCACCUUGUGGUUGUCACCGUGUUCUAUGGCACUGUCAUUUCUAUGUACUUGAUUCCCCGGUCAAACCCACCCUCAAACCAUGAUAAACGAAUUGCUGUGUUUUAUACUGUGGUCACCCCUCUUCUCAAUCCUGUCAUUUAUACCCUACGGAACAAGGACGUUCAUGGUGCAGUAGCCAAAGUGCUGCGAAAACAUCAUUUAGAACCAAAAAUUUGA